AUGGGAAAAGCUUUUUCCAAACUCUUUGGUAACAAAGAAAUGCGAAUAUUGAUGCUAGGCUUGGACGCUGCUGGAAAGACCACCAUUCUUUACCGGUUAAAACUUAAUAAUGCGGUGACAACCAUCCCAACUGUUGGAUUUAAUGUCGAAACCGUAUCAUAUGAUAACAUACGGUUUAACGUUUGGGAUGUCGGUGGCCAGGAAAAAAUCCGUCCGCUUUGGAGACAUUACUUUACAGGGACUCAGGGACUUAUUUUUGUCGUGGACAGCGCUGAUCGGGAGCGUAUACGCGAAGCACAAAUUGAACUUCACAGAAUUGCAAAUGACCGUGAGAUGCAGGAUGCUAUUAUAUUGGUUUUCGCCAACAAGCAAGAUCUUCCUAAUGCGAUGAAACCACAUGAAAUACAGGAGAAACUUCGACUCACCCAAUUCCAACCUGGUCGCGUUUGGUACGUUCAGCCAUCCAACGCCACAACCGGUGAAGGUCUAAAGGAAGGUCUAACCUGGCUCAGUAAGAAUCGAAAACGAUAA